CUCACAUUCUCUCGACAAGCAAAUUCCAUUCACCGGCCGUGAAUCCCAUUAAAAAAUGGUUUCACCAUGGCGGAAGACUCCCAAGCUGUCCCGCAGACGCGGAAGACCCGAAUUGUCUGCAUCUCCGACACCCACAACCAAACACCCAAGCUUCCCAAGGGUGAUGUGCUCAUCCACGCUGGCGACUUGACGAACCAGGGAAGCUACUCCGAACUGAAGAAGACGAUCAAUUGGAUCGAGAAGACCGACUUCGAAGCGAAGAUCGUGAUUGCAGGAAACCACGAUAUCACACUCGACCCCAGCCUGUUCGCGCAGCACGGCACGCUAUGGCGAUGGCCUGCACCACAAGACCCUCACGAAUGCCGCAAGCUCCUCACUGGCUCAUCAUCGAUCACCUAUCUUGAGAACCAGGCUGCAACAGUUCAUCUGCGUUCCCCGCAAGGCCCAAGAACCUGCUUCAAGGUGUUCGGAAGCCCCUGCACGCCAAAGAUGAAGAACCAUUGGGCAUUCCAAUAUGCAGCUGAGGAUGCACCGAAGAUAUGGGACGCAAUUCCCUUGGACACAGACAUCGUGAUCACGCAUACCCCGCCAAAAGGCCAUGUUGAUAAGGCUGAGGAGGACGACCGGUCAGGCUGUGCGGCUCUCACCCAGGCGCUGCACCGGGUGCGACCAAUGAUGUCUGUGUGCGGACACAUCCAUGGGGGAAGAGGUGUCGAGCGCGUCCGGUGGGGGUCGCGUACCUGCUGCACGCCGGGCGACUGCAACGGCUGCCUCGUGGAGGCUGUCGAGAGCUGGAGGGACCCAGGCGUUGGGAGCAAUAAGCAGUCACUGGUCAAUUGUUCAAGCAGAGGUGGGCGCGUACUGGACAAUGUUGGAUGUCUUGCAGGGCAGGCGAAGGUCGAUGGCCUUGCGGCGGGCGGGAAUGGGGGCCAGGCCGGUGAGACUGGUGGUGGAGGCGGUAGGUUGGUGGGUGGUGCAGUCGAUUCAACCUCACAUACUCAUCUGUGUCCUCCUGGGGGCGUCUCCUCAAACAAAGAGGCAUUGUUUGUGGACAUGUUGGGAGGCGCAAUUUCAGUAAAUGAUGAUGCUGCUUUGACGACGGCGGCUGCGACGACGAUGGCAGAUAAUGAUGUCGGAGUUGCUGCAACGCUUGACGUGGAUGGACUUGAGUGGAUGGCUGCCCGGCGGGAAACCGUCAUUAUCAAUGCUGCAUACAUGGGCCCUCGUCGACGCGAUGUGCCGAAGACGUUCAACAAACCGAUUGUUGUGGACGUGGAUCUUCCUGUGUGGUAGAAGAUACGUACGUCCUUGCAGUACAAUAGUAGUUGUAGGGCUCGCCAUACAAUGUUGAAGAACCGGCUAUGCAGGAUGAUGGAAAAUGUGAUGCAUACAUCCGCUGUGGAUGUAGUUCAUGCGUAACACGGAUCUACGUAUCUACGUAGAUGUUCGCAUUGAACCAGUUGUAGGCCUUGACCCGAAUUGACUCGCAAACUCUGCCUCAAAAUGGAAGCAAAAAUACGUCAAUCCGUAAUGUCCUUUGAAUAUCUAUCACCGUCAUAGUAUCUAUGCAUGGAU